UAGGCCGAUUCAACUGCCUUCCACGGGGACGAGUUCCCGUUGCAUUGAAUACGGUCAUGAAUCAAACGAUUAAACAAGUCUUGGAAUUACUUUUUCCGGGGAAAUGCUACAACGAGGUCUUUGUAGAGCACAACUUCUUUGACCCUGGCUGCCUAAAAAUUGCCCUGAGCAAGACCCUCGGCUAUGGCAUCAUUGUGGGCUCUACCCUGGUGAAGGUGCCCCAGAUUGUCAAGCUAUGGAAAGCCCAAAGUGCAGAGGGUAUCAGUCUGGCGUCAGUCCUGCUAGAGUUGGGAGGUAUCACAGCCACCACAGCCUACAGCUUUGCUAACAGAUACCCCUUCAGUGCCUGGGGCGAGGGCCUGUUUUUGGCCUUCGAGACGGCCCUCAUUGCGAUGCUGGUGUUGCAGUUCCGCGGCCAGCAGGGUCGUGCGUGGGCCUUCUUCGCGGCAUACAUCGGUCUGACGUCGAUACUGUCGUCAGGUGUAGCGCCAAUGCCACUUCUCGCUGCCGCGCAAGUUGCGAGCGUCCCCAUUGUCAUCUUCGGGAAGUUGAUGCAGGCGUGGCGGAACUAUCGGCAAGGUCACACGGGUCAGUUGUCUGCCAUUACAGCGGGGCUGCUGUUUGGCGGUGCUCUGGCUAGGAUAUUCACAUCGCUCACCGAGACUGGAGAUCCGUUGAUGGUAGCCACCUUCGCUCUCGCCGCCGGUGCGAACUGCACCCUUUUCACUCAGGUGCUUUACUACUGGGAGGCGACCAAUAAGCGCCUUCUACAACAGAGGAAGAAAGACUAGUCGCAGCAUUGAAGCAACAUUCCGUCGGGCCCUAUUGCCUGUACAGCUAUACGCUCGAAAGCUGCGGUAUUUUUAUAUUAGAGUGUCUAUACAGCAAUGUAGGUGUAAAUUGUGAAGCAGUUGAACAUACUCAACCAUCAACAUCGCUCUGGACCGCAUAUUACAUAACUAUAUUCCGAGACAACAUAAAAGCUAUAAUGUCACGGACACAGAGAUAUAUCUCCGCCUGCGGGAAUGUAGUCAGCACAUUGGAAGUGCGCCGGGCAGAUGGGCAACAUUGCUCCGCAUCUUUGGUAACACGCAUAUUUCACGUGUUGGCUUUAAAUACGUGCAAAUGUGAUCUAAGUACGUCUUCUCCGACGAGUGUUUUUACGGCAUGAUUAGUGAUUUCCAACACGAAGAGAUUAAUGACGAACUCGACUGGUUGAUCCGGAGCGACGGCUUUUUGCCGGCCGAUCCGUAUCGGAAUCGCGUGUUUUUCUGGUCGUUUCAGAUCGACUUACUACUACUGACUGACGACUACUGUUCCGCGAUGUAACGGUCCUGCUUGCUUUCUGAAAAAGUUGGGAUUCAGCCGGAACUCCGACGAGUCUUAUCAAUAAAAGCGCUAAAAGCACCACGACGGCACGCAUUAAAGGGAUCAUGAAGAGCUGCCCGGAAAACCUGAGUUCCCAGUGUGAAUGGCCCGCGAGGAUGGCUUUUAUCAGAAAUGUGUCCGAUUUUUGCCAUAUUGCAUUCAACGCGGGCACAGUCCACGCGCAAAAAUAGCGUCGAUCGCCCGACACCUCCCCCCCACAAGACGCCUGACGUCAUUUGCUCACUCCAAGGUUCCACCAAGCCAGUCCGCCAGUGGGGAAGGUAACCUGCUCCUGACGUCACAUCUAGUUAAUCUGCCGUGCCGGCAACAGUCGGGUCGCAGCAGUCGCAUUUUUUUCGGUCGUGGUUUUCAGUUAUAGUGUCUCCGUUAUUUUAUGUUUGGUUAAAAUACUCCGCAUGUUGAAUGUAUGUUGAAUGAAUGGCCAGGAACGCAUUUUUUCCCUGUCAUAAGGAGUAAUUUAGUGUCCUUUCACCGUCAUUCGUGCGCUGUCACACGGCAUCAUUUAGUGACACUCUGCAGGAAGUGCACUAACGAUUUGGCGAGCUCCCCAAACUCACUUCACUUGGGCGGACCGAGUGCGUAACCUCGACGGCAGGUUUUGAGUUACAGGUAAUCAUACUGAAGAAAAGCAAAAGGUCCUGGCAACCACAAUAUCUUCAUUGUCAUCUAUCAACAUUGCCAUCAUAGUUUAGUGACACUUACUUAGGUCGUGUAGCAAGCAUGCGGUGAAAGUGGCAGUCGCUUGGGAAGAGGCACUUGACGAAAAUGACACGAAAUUAGCCUGUGUGACGAGGGCAUUAUACACAUGUUUACAGAUGUUUUGAGGAUCGCUUCAUGGUCCCUUUAAAGCCCCGCAGACACACCGAGCGCACUUACAACAUCAAUUGAUUGCACGCGUUGGCUCACAUCCUUGUAUCCAGAAGGGCCGUAUCCUUUCCUUCCCCAACCGCAGAGCACGCACCCAUUUCUGCCCUCUGUUUUCCAAAACACCUCCCAAAUCUCGCUCUCCCUCUGUUCUUGCAUGCGAUAAGUUUGUUGCUGAAGUGCUCUCUGUGUGUCUGCGUGGUUAUAACGUGUGUCCUUGUCAUGUUUUUAGCGCUUUUAUUGAGAAUAUCUAAGUACCAACAGGCCCAGCGUGAUACUUUAAGCCCAACGUAUCCUCUGUCUUCACGUUCCGGAUCUUGCGAGGCCGAGCGAAAGCGAGCGUUGGGCGGAGUCGCUGAGUUUGCCGGAUGUGAGCGACGUCUUUCGACCGACAGGAUCUGCAGAUUCGGUCCCUCGGUGACGAAUUUCGUUGCUCUGUAGUCGAUUCAGAUGCUCGCUCCAGAUCUGCCAGAUGAUCUCGCAGUGGCGUAGCCAGAGGUGGGGGGAGUUCAACCCCUCCCCCCCCCCGCAAAAUCGUACAUUUGGCAGUGCAUCGUACCUUUGGCUGCGUAGACAGCAGCAGCUCAGUGGCGUAGCCAGACCUCAAAGGUAGGGGGGGCUCGAUACGAAAACUCUCCCCCCCCCCCCCCCGCUGAUCCUGUGUCGACAACACACGCAUACUUGUGCACACUGCAAACUGAGGAUAAAAAAAAAGGGAACGAAAAUAGUUGAUUUAGACGUUCACAGUACGAUUACAUGUAUAGGCUGUCAUGACCAAUGAAGUGGUGUCACGAGAUUGGAAGUAUUUUGAAAAGCUCAUACUUUGAAAACCAUUCAAGAGUGCUUCUUAGAUAGACGCCAUGAACUGCAAGAACUUUCGCGAUAGUCACACUGGUCCCCCCCCCCCCCCAUAUAUUAUGUUCUCGGAUUUGCACGAUUUGUGUGGGUCGGUCCGUGGCAGGUAGGGGGGGCUCGAGCCCCCCCUAGCCCCCCCGUGGCUACGCCACUGCAGCAGCUACCAUUGCCGUGAACACUAGUGCUGGCGGCGGUGCGGCUUUCCGCGCGGAUGCCGCGACGUUACCGUCAGACACGGUUGCAGCACGUGGUGUUCGAAGUUCACGGGUCAUUAUAAAGUCUGUACUUUGCCUUCGAAAACUCGAGACAUGAACGUCGUUAUCUGCAACUUCCUCAGUGUUCACCUCCUCGAAGCAUCGAAGGCAGAGAUCGGAAAACGUUUCAGCAAUUCCCAAAACAGUCUUCAGGCCUCAUAAUCCUGGUGGCAUAACCCCUUUGGCUUUCGCAGAAGAUUCGCCAGCCCAUGGUUCAGAGUCAAAGCACACUUCGUACGUACACAUGUGAUUCCGGUUUUGAUACAUAUACCACGUGUGAUAUGCGGCCAUUUACACGGAGAUCACCGUUGAGCAACGCCCUCAUUCUUAAAACCAGUCAUCGGCUCCAGACGGUGCCUUUUAAAUUCGUCCCCUGGUAUACGACAUCGGUCGCCGGGGCCAUUAUUUCGUCAAACGGCGCCUUCACGUUUGUAUAGCGGAUGAACUUGACAUAGAACUGUAUUGGAACACAACUACUGAGUCGACGUGUUAGCCAGUCGUGUAACAAAUCGCUUGUCAGUGAUAUUUAUUACACGCGCUAUUAUAGUAGGUUUGAGUCGUACGUGUGUUCCGGACUAAUUUCGCACAAGUUUGCUUUGCGAGAAUAACGGAGAGGUUAUGGGGAAGUCUGAGCCGUCUGGUGCGAUUCUCCAGAAUAGAUAGAGAAGAGCAACAAGGUAUGCAUAUCUACUUAACCGUACGGUAUAGGUGGUCGUAUGGGGCAUUAGUGUUGCGUAUAUAUUUGCAAGACUGGGUAUUUGAUAUGCUCGAUGAGCACGAUGAAAAUGAUGCGACAAAUUAGGGUAAGGUAGCUCUCCCUCACCAGAUCUCACACUCAUCAAUGUCUGGGAACCAUAAUAUUUGCAUUGUGUAUGAGACGUUGUAAUAUAAAUGAUUAAUAAUUGUUUGUUACGUGA